CAUCAUCAUGACAACAGAAAAGAGCCCAGCAGCCAAUGCUGACAACUCAGAACAGCAGCAAGCCAAGGAGGAGGAAGGAGCUGCUGAAACAAAGAAGCAAGAGGCUUCCCUAGAGGAAGGGGCUCAGCCAACACCGGAGAGGCAGCCCCAGAGGCAGAAGGCCUCCAACGGAGACACCCCCACACACGAGGAGCAGGGCAAAAAAGAACGUCGCACCUCUGAGGGCCGAGGUCUCUCCCGCCUCUUCUCCUCCUUCCUCAGGAGGCCCAAGUCUCAGGUAUCUGGAGAGGACAAAGACACUGAUGCUCCUAAAGAGGUGGGAGGUGACCAGAAAGAUGCAGGAUUAGGAGCCAGCCCUGAUGAAGAUAUCCUGGUGAAAGCCCCGAUUGCAGCUCCUGAGCCCGAGCUUAAAACUGACCCAUCGCUGGAUCUCCAUUCCUUGAGCAGUGCAGAAACCCAGCCUGCUCAGGAGGAGAGGAGGGACGACCAGGAGCCAGAGGGAAGAGACCUCGAGGACAGGGAAGAAGGGGAAGCAAAGGAGGAGGGUGCCAAGCCAGAACCGAAGCCAGAGUCUCUGGAGACGAAAGCAGACAAGGAUUUGAAAGCUGCCCAAAAAGCAGUGAAAAGACACAGAAACAUGUACUGCAAAGUUGUCUUGCUGGAUGACACCAUUUUUGAGUGUUCUGUGGAUAAACAUGCCAAGGGACAGGAUCUACUUAAAAAAGUCUGUGACCACCUCAAUCUGCUGGAAGAAGACUACUUUGGUUUGGCCACGUGGGACACACCAACCUCCAGGACAUGGCUGGAUCCUGCCAAAGAAAUAAAAAAACAGGUUCAUGGAGGCCCCUGGGAUUUUACCUUCAAUGUCAAGUUUUAUCCGCCAGAUCCUGCCCAGCUAACAGAGGACAUCACCAGGUAUUACCUGUGCCUGCAGCUUAGACAGGACAUCCUUACAGGGCGGCUGCCCUGCUCCUUUGCCACCUUGGCUCUGCUGGGUUCCUACACGGUCCAGUCAGAGUUGGGAGAUUAUGAUCCUGAUCUCCAUGGCCCAGAUUACAUCAGUGAAUUCAAACUGGCCCCAAACCAGACAAAAGAGCUUGAAGAAAAAGUUGUGGAGCUUCAUAAAACAUAUAGAUCCAUGACUCCAGCCCAAGCAGACCUGGAAUUUCUGGAGAAUGCAAAAAAGCUGUCUAUGUAUGGAGUCGACCUUCACCAAGCCAAGGACUUGGAAGGAGUGGAUAUCACUCUGGGAGUCUGUUCCAGUGGCCUUCUUGUUUACAAGGAUAAACUGAGAAUCAAUCGCUUCCCAUGGCCCAAAGUUCUGAAGAUUUCCUACAAACGCAGCAGCUUCUUCAUAAAGAUUCGGCCAGGGGAGCAAGAGCAGUAUGAAAGUACAAUUGGGUUCAAGCUACCAAGUUACCGGGCAGCAAAGAAGCUCUGGAAAGUAUGUGUUGAACAUCACACCUUCUUCAGGCUGACUUCCACUGAGGCCAUCCCGAAGAGCAGGUUCCUGGCGCUGGGCUCCAAAUUCCGCUACAGUGGCCGGACGCAGGCGCAGACGCGGCAGGCGAGCGCCCUGAUCGACCGACCCGCGCCCCAGUUCGAGCGCACGGCCAGCAAGAGAGUGUCCAGGAGCCUCGAUGGAGCAGUGGCUGUGAUAACCCCAGAGCGGAGUCCCCGGCCCACUUCAGCCCCAGCCAUCGCUCAGAGCCACCCUGCAGAGCCAGCCUCAGCUAAGUCCAACGUGAAGGACAUGGCCACAUCUAAAGUAGGGAAGGAAACAGGAAAAUCUGAUGGGAGACGUGAAGAAUAUCCACUGGAGAAACCUGAGGAGCCAGUGGAUGCCUCAAAGGUGAGGAAAACACACAUUGAGGUCACAGUCCCCACCACGAAUGGUGCCCAUCCCCAGCAGCCUGCAGAAAAAGAGGAAGAGCUGAUAAGAAUGAGGAAGAAGAGAUCAAAGAGGCUAGAUGGUGAAAACAUUUAUAUCAGGCAUAGCAAUUUAAUGUUGGAGGACCUAGAUAAGACCCAGGAAGAAAUAAAGAAGCACCAUGCCAACAUCAGUGAGUUGAAGAAAAACUUCAUGGAAUCCGUCCCAGAGCCUCGGCCGAGUGAGUGGGACAAACGUUUGUCCACCCACUCCCCUUUCCGCAGCCUCAACGUCAACGGGCAGAUUCCCACGGGAGCGGAUGGAGUCAAGAAAGUCACUGUCCCAUCUUCUGAGAGACAGGUUGGUGGGCUUGAGACACAGGAACGGCCUCUGUUAGUACAGAAUGAAGACAAACUAAAAGAGCAGGAGAUACCUACUGAGACAGCCUUUCCCCGGCCAGCAAGUGAAGCAACUCUUCCAAAGGUUUCUAUUACAAUCCCUGAAGAGCAGAAAUCACUCAAAAAGUGUCAGCUGUACUCUAGCAUUUUUCCUUCUCCUCGUAUUCCCUUUAUGAUGUCCUUUCUCCUGGUCAUAGCACUGACUGUUUGGUGGCUGCUCUUUCUCUGAGUGGCAACAGGGUCAUGUUGAAACCUCAAGACCAAAGCUCCUGAAUUUCUGGGCUGUAGUCUCUGCUGCAUCUUCUUGUCCUGGUCUUUGAUCUCUGUAGUUCGCUGUCCCUGCGGGGGACACCCUGUGACUGUCGUGUUAAUCCUGCUGUAUGUCCUUGUGUGGCUGUGAUGGGACCUGGCAGGAGUGGUUGUGGAUUGCCAGGUCCAUUCUGAAGUUUCCUAUGGUGCAAAAGCAAAUUCCUUGAAUUGUGUUCCCAGCUGCUGUGGGAGGGCAGAUGAGGAGAGGAAAUCCUGAGAAGAGAGUGGUUUCCCAAGCCCCUGAAGACUUCCCAUAAGGAAUUGCUGGAGAAUUGCUUUUAAGCUUGUUGUUUUAAAUGUAAGAUAUUCACAACCUGAAGAACAUUUGACACUGAUCUCAAACGUGCUUUACAGGAAUCUGCUGAAUCACAGAAUCCUGGAAUGGUUUGGGGUUGGAAGGGCCCAUAAAGAUCAUCUUGUUCCCCCUCUGCUAUGGGCAGGGAACCUUCCCCUGGACCAGGUUGUUCCAAGUCCCAUUCAACCUGGCCUUGAACAAUUCCAGGCAUGGGAAUCCACAGCCUCUGUGGACAACAAGAGGUUGACUCUCUAGGAAGAACAUUGGAAUCUAAUCCAUAAACACGAAAUUUCUAAGAAACUCAGAUUGGCAUUUAAAUAAAAAGUGCUCACUGCUCCUCUUGGCAAUAACUUAGGGACAGGGUCUGCUUUUCAUUUUCUAGUGGGGGAAGCCUGUGACAAAGUAUCCCAGCUUCCCUCUCCACCCCUGUUCUCACAUCCAAGAAAAUACAUAGUGUUACAGGAGAAAACCCAUUCCAAGGAAAUAUUUAUUGUAAACAUAGAUUAAUAUUUUUUUUUAAAAUCUGAAGGUCUUGGUGCACUUGGGAUGUAUUUUAUUUAAUUUGUGUGAAACUAACUGAGGCAUGUUUGCUUUGGUCACAGAGAUGGAGUUACCUGUUGUUUGAGCAUUCCCUCUGUUGGCAUGUUGGCUUAGCCACAUCAGGACACAAUUCUAAUGUUAAAGCCUUCAAUCGUUUUUGACUUCUUUAACCAAACUGUUGCAUGCCAGUUGUUUUUCACUGCCUACAAUGUAAGUGUCUGGAUGAUGCUCCCAUUUAUCCAAGUUAUCCUGGCUGAGCUGUGCAGGCUCCAGCCCAGCUGGACUGAGCAGAGCUGGUUUGUGAACGGAGGGAAUGUGAGACUUUGUGUCUAAGGGGUUUCUUUUCUGUAAAUAGUAAUGAUGGGGCUGAGCUGAGCCCCCCAUUUCUCCUUUCAGCACUAAUCCAUGUUCUCCUGUGUCCACUGGAGGACUGGGCUGGACACAGUCACUCUGAGAACACCCCCCAGUGUCACCAGUGGUGGCAGCUGCUCCAGCAGCAUGGAAGAGAAAGGAGCAGACCUUUAUUACAUGGACUAAAAUGUGUGAAUAUAUAUAAAUACCAGUAUUUAUAAGCCUUUCUAGAUCUGUAUCUGUGUGAACAGUAUUAUUUAGGAAGCUAGCAGAUAAACUUGAAGGAAUAAGGCAAACAUGUCAUAUGCUGUCUGGUCUGAGGGUCCAUGGGUUAUCAUGGGCCACUCGAGCCACCUCUCGCUCUUGAGGUACAGGUUGAGGUUCUAAAUGCUGUCUCAGAAACUUAGAUUGCUAGUGAAACCCUUUGUUUUAAUCCCACAGGAAUCUUUCCAAUUCCUCUUGUAACCUGCUCCGAUUAGUUCACCAGUUUGUGCCUUUAGGACUUUGUUUUGUGAGGAUGCUGAUUUUUCAUUGAAAAAUAUUCUUCCCUUUUUAAUACACUGCCUUUAAUACACAGUCUUCCUCCUUUGGCACUCGGAAGUGUAGAAGUCUGAGGGUUGUUGUCCAGGUGUAGUCUGGUUUGAAGGAGGGUGUUGGCAGUGGAGCAUCCCUUGGAAUGCACUUGGACUCCAGCACAUCUGGCGUGGAGUUUAGGAAGAUGGAGGUGGGCCCUGGAGAGGAGAGGUGAGGGAGGAUGCUGGGAUGCCAUAUUCUGUGCAGAAAAUGCAGGGUGGAAGAAGUCAGGGGAUACUUGUGGCUGGCAUUCCCUGCCUGCAUCUCCUUUCCAAAAUAGUAACAGUUGUGAUGAAGAACAGGGAUUGUUUGUUCUCCCCAACCUGGCGUGAAGAGGGAAGAAACAGGAGUUGUUUGGAUCUCUCUGUCCAUUUUCUGUUCAUAUUUCGUGGAAUUUGAACACACAGGUGCUUCCUUUCCAAAGCCACUGCUCAGGAUCACUGCUUGGGAUGCUGCAGUGAGCACUGCUGAGUUUACUGCAUUUCUGAUCCAGUGACAAGAGCCUGGAAGCCACACUGGUGGCUUUGGCAAAGCCAUGGUUUCUAUAGCUCUGUCAUCCAUUUUCAAAGGACCUGAAUUCUAAAACUUUUUGACCAGAGCAACCUUAGGCCGGAGUGCUCGGGGUGUCUCAUCCCAGCGGGAUAAGAGAUGGGCUCUGUCACCUCUCCUCAAUUCUGUAACUCUUUAAUUCAAGUGGUCUCUUUCUCUCUUUUUUAAUCUUGAGAUAAGGCUGGUUGUCAUCAGCAAAAAACCUUGGAAACUUUACACUCUGAGAACGCUCAGGAACAUUUUUGGGAUUUAUAUACCAGUUAUCACUGCAGAGUAUAAAGAAAUUGAACAAAUGCUUUCUGUGUCUCUGGCAGUUUAGGUGCCAGUUAUCCAUAUUCCUCCAGGUAGAUAUGAUCCCUCCUGACAGAGAAAACCUGUAAUUUAGCAGGAACAGAAGCCUCAUCUGCCCAAAGUCCCAGGGAUGUGCCCGCUGGGCUAGAGCCCCUUUCCUAGUAACUCCUCUGCUUUUUUCCCUGUUUGCUUGUGAUGCAAAGGGAGUGACAGUCCAUGGCAAUCCACGUAAGGAUUCCUGCACAUUCUGUAUCCCGUUUGUGCACAUUCCAUAUCUUUUACACCUUGGUGCUCUGGUUUCCCCUUUUUCCUGUGAUGUCAGCACAGGAUGCCGCACCAAGAGGAGGAUUUUGUGAGUCCUGCUGUCAUCCCUGUGCACAGGGAGAGCUGAUUGGCUCUACUGCUGUUAAAAGGCUGAGAUCUCAGGGGAUCUAUAAAGGAACCAAUACAUGAACUUCACUCCUAUUUUCCUCAGGAAUGAACUUGCUGGGAACACCAGCAGCUCCUCUCUGCCUGCCCUGACACUGGCACCCAUUGACACAGAGAUUCACACACCUUGUUCAGCCUGGCUGGUGCAGUGCCAGGCUAUGAGCGAUGGAAAGCUGAGUUAUCCCUCCUGCAGAGAAGCUGGAAAUGUCUGCAGCAUGUAACCUCAUCCAGGUUGGCAUGAGAAAUCCUGGUUUUCCUGCUGCAGAAAAGGGCAUUCUGGUGACUGGCACGCUGGUGACAUAGGCAGGAUGAGUCUGCCUGCAGUUUUGCCCAGUGCUUUGUGGUGUGGUCACUUUGAUGCUGUGUGUAGGAUCCCGCUGGGAGCUGUAGAGGGUUCAGUGCUUCCUGUCACGAUAUCGAGGGUUGGCUCCACACUCACUUCCUGAAUCUCCUUACCCAGAUUCCAGCUCUUUUGGACACCACCUAAAACACACAGGAGUUUCUUGUGCUUUCUUGCUUUAGGAAAAAGUGGAAGCCCGUAUUUUGAAGCAGCAGAUGUGCCAGAGGCAAUAGCUUGGAACUCUGAUUCAGUUCCGAGGCUGUGCUGGGUGUGGGGCUCUGUGUGUGAUGAUACUUGAGGUCUUCAUUGCUGUAAAACAACAUCCCUUUUUCUUUUUCGACUGCUAAAAGGGAGCAGAUAAAUGAGGGUGUUGGCUGCAUCUCUUCCCACCUUCUGCCUCACUCGAGCAGUGAUGGAAGGUGAGCUGAGGACUCUCUAUGGGCAGCUCAGUCAGGGCAGUGUUCAGCCAAGACUGGCUGCCCUCUCUUGUGUUUGUCCAGUAACUAGUGAUGACUCUAAAGAGUAGGUAUUCCAUAUCUCCCUCCUGUCCUGAAAUAAUCAGUAGAGGUGGAUUUCCUCAGCACCAAGGGAAGUAGUUUGUGUUUGGAGGAAUGAGGCUUGGCUGUACCACCGGCCCCUGGGAAGGUUAUCAUAGAAUCAUGAAAUACCCUGAGUUGGAAGGGACCCUCAAGGAUCAUCAAGUCCAGAUCCUAAUGAUUAUGGGCAAAGUCUUUCACUUCACAUCAGUGUUAGUAAUUUGUCACUCUGCGAAUUGUUUCACUGGUUUACUGGGUUUUCUUUUUUCCUUGUCAUGAGUUGAUGGUGCCUGUUCUGACCUACAGGAUGAGGGAGGAAGCUUUCUGGAUAAAUUCAGCCCGAGAAAGGGUUAUGGAUUCAUGCAGAAACUCCUUGGUCUGUACUUAUUAAUCGGUGACACUGGAGAACCUGACAGAGGUGAUUCCUCUUGUGUCUCUGCAUCUUUUGUGGUUUGUGGGGCUGGAGGGAAGGAUGGGCCUUGGUUUGAGCCCCUUUGGGAUCUUUUAGCAUUGGUAGACAGUCCUGUUAGACUAGUCCUGUGAGGACUAGAAACACUUUCUUUUUUACCUAAAAUGCUCUCUUUUGGAACACUUUUUUGGUUUUGUAUUUUUUCUCAGAUUUUCUUUGUAAAUAUGUACAUUUAUCCAUUAAUAAAUGUUAUUGCAAAUCAGA